AUGCCUCCGAGCCAAGCCCCCGAACCAGAAAACCCCGCCCAACCACGACGUAGCCCUCGAUUCCUGGCAAAUGGACCAGAUGCCAUGCCGCCCAAAGCUCCAACCGAGUCCGGGAACCCAUCUCACACGAAGAGAAGUCGCCUUUCCGAAAAGAUCAGCGCGGCCGAGCCUCCAUCCAGCAUAAACAAGCCUCGCGCCAAGACCGACACACCAUCGACUAAGCUAAGCAGCCGACCUCCGAAGACGGCCAAUAAGUCGCAGACUCCAUCAGGCGUAUCUAAGCCCCCGAUCAAGAUUGAUACCCCUGCGACGAAGAGAAGAGGUCGCCCUUCCAAGACCGCCGAACUGGCCGAAUCUUCGUUGCGUAUACCCCGGCCCACGGUCCUAUACAAGAACCCCGAGGCUCAGCCAAGAGGUCGGCCUGCCAAGACCAUCGCCCUGUCCCAGUCUCUAUCAGAUAUACCCGAUGGUACUGCCCCCUCCAAGAAAGCCCAGCCUAAGAGAAGAGGACGGUCCCCAAAGGCGACUAGACGGGCUAGACCACCACCCAAUACACUCGAGCCUGCUGCCCUACCAAAGAAAAUCCAAGCCAAGCCAAAAGGCGCACGCAAGACUCUAACCAAGACCGAGAAAUCAGCGACCAAGAGGAGUGGUCGACCUUCCAAUACGACCGGCUUGACCAAGCGUCCAUCGGGGAUAUCUAAGCCCACAACCAGAUCCAAAAACAGCCAGGCCAAGUUGAAGGAGGGUCCCCUACUACCCUUGUUAAUGGAAGACAAGCAGCCCCCGGGCAAGACGGCAGACCGAAAAACUGCGCGGGCAACAGACAAGCCCGGGGAUGUCGUCCAGACAAAGAACACACCACCCGAGAAGGAGAACAGGCUGUCCCUGAAGCCGACAGUGGGAGCAGCCCCAUCCCAGAAGCGAAAAAGAGGCCAACACAAGAACUGUGAUGCACAAGAGCCUUUGGAUGGCAUUGUGGUUCAGCUCAAUGAUUCAGUUGAGGCCCUAGGCAGGGACCAGACCACGCCCCUGGUUGGGACUCGACGAAGCGAGCGUAUAAAGGACCGGGAGAAGAAGAAACAAAGGAUAGGCUAA